GCGGACCGACGCGAUGGCCUCGGAAGUGGUGUGCGGGCUCAUCUUCAGGCUGCUGCUCCCCAUCUGCCUGGCAGUAGCGUGCGCGUUCCGGUACAAUGGGCUCUCCUUUGUCUACCUCAUCUACCUCUUGCUCAUCCCUUUGUUCUCAGAACCAACAAAAGCGACGAUGCAAGGACAUACGGGCCGGCUAUUAAAGUCUCUGUGCUUCACCAGUCUUUCCUUCCUGUUGCUGCAUAUCAUCUUCCAUAUCACGUUGGCUAGCCUGGAAGCUCAACACCGUAUUGGACCUGGCUACAACUGCUCCACGUGGGAAAAGACGUUUCGGCAGAUUGGCUUUGAAAGCCUAAAGGGAGCUGAUGCUGGCAAUGGGAUCCGAGUGUUCGUGCCUGAUAUUGGGAUGUUCAUUGCGAGUCUGACCAUCUGGCUCGUCUGCAGAAACAUCGUUCAGAAACCAGGGACGGAAGAGGCAGCACAGUAUAACUCGGAGUUUGAAAACGAAGAAUUGGCUGGAGGGGAAAAAUUAGAUGCAGAAGAGGCGCUGAUCUAUGAAGAGGAUUUGGAUGAAGGGGACGGUGUCGAAGGCGAUGUGGAAGAGAGCACAAAGUUAAAAAUGUUCCGCAGACUCGCCUCCGUGGCCUCCAAGCUUAAAGAGUUUAUUGGCAACAUGAUCACCACCGCAGGAAAGGUCGUGGUGACGAUUUUACUCGGUUCGUCAGGUAUGAUGUUGCCAUCUUUGACCUCAUCUGUAUACUUCUUUGUAUUUUUGGGUCUGUGCACCUGGUGGUCCUGGUGCCGAACGUUCGAUCCAUUGCUGUUCAGCUGUCUCUGUGUUCUGCUGGCUAUUUUCACUGCGGGACACUUGAUUGGGCUUUAUUUAUACCAGUUCCAGUUCUUUCAAGAAGCGGUUCCACCCAAUGACUACUAUGCAAGGUUGUUUGGUAUCAAAUCAGUCAUUCACACAGACUGUUCCAGCACCUGGAAGAUCAUAGCAAACCCAGACCUGUCAUGGUAUCACCAUGCCAACCCCAUCGUCCUGCUGGUGAUGUACUACACGCUUGCAACGCUCAUCCGCAUCUGGCUACAGGAGCCCCUCGUGCAGGAUGACAGGACCAAGGAAGAGGACAGAGCCCUGGCUUGUAGCCCCAUCCAAAUAACAGCCAAGAGGAGGCGAAGCCUGUGGUAUGCCACCCAUUACCCAACUGACGAAAGAAAACUUUUAUCCAUGACCCAAGAUGACUACAAACCAUCCGAUGGCCUGCUGGUGACUGUGAACGGCAAUCCUGUAGACUACCAUACCAUCCACCCAAGUCUGCCCAUAGAGAACGGCCCUGCCAAAGCUGAGCUGUACUCCACCCCCCAGUACCGGUGGCAGCCCUCUGAAGACUCCUCAGAAAAGAAAGAGGAAGAAGAGGAUGAGAAGGAAGAAUUUGAGGAGGAAAGGAGCCAUGAGGAGAAACGAAGCGUUAAAGUUCACGCCAUGGUCUCUGUGUUCCAGUUUAUUAUGAAACAAAGUUACAUCUGUGCCCUCAUUGCCAUGAUGGCUUGGAGCAUCACCUAUCACAGCUGGUUGACCUUUGUGUUGUUGAUUUGGUCGUGCACCCUUUGGAUGAUUCGCAACAGAAGAAAAUAUGCCAUGAUCAGCUCUCCUUUCAUGGUUGUCUACGGAAAUCUGUUGCUGAUAUUACAGUAUAUAUGGAGUUUUGAACUUCCCGAAAUUAAGAAGGUCCCAGGGUUUUUAGAAAAAAAAGAGCCAGGAGAACUUGCCUCCAAGAUACUUUUCACCAUUACUUUUUGGCUCCUGCUGAGGCAACACCUCACUGAGCAAAAAGCUCUUCAAGAGAAGGAAGCUCUUCUAUCUGAGAUCAAAAUCGGAAGUCAGGAAAAUGAAGAAAAAGAUGACGAGCAAGAUAUACAAACAGAAGGAGAGCCUGAAGAGAAGGAGGAAGAGGAAGCCAAGGAAGAGAAGCAAGAGAGAAGGAAGGAAGAAGAAGAGGAGGUGGAAGAAGAUGAUGACCAGGACAUCAUGAAGGUCCUGGGCAAUCUGGUGGUGGCCAUGUUCAUCAAGUACUGGAUCUACGUCUGCGGAGGAAUGUUCUUCUUCGUCAGCUUCGAGGGUAAAAUUGUGAUGUACAAAAUCAUCUACAUGGUGCUGUUUCUGUUCUGUGUGGCCUUGUAUCAGGUGCACUAUGAAUGGUGGAGGCGAAUCCUAAAGUAUUUUUGGAUGUCUGUGGUGAUUUACACAAUGCUGGUGCUUAUCUUUAUAUACACAUAUCAGUUUGAGAACUUCCCAGGCCUGUGGCAAAAUAUGACCGGAUUGAAAAAAGAAAAGCUGGAGGAUCUUGGCUUAAAACAGUUUACCGUGGCAGAGCUGUUCACUCGCAUCUUCAUCCCCACCUCCUUUCUUUUGGUGUGCAUUUUACACCUUCACUACUUCCAUGAUCGGUUCCUGGAGCUCACAGACCUGAAGUCCAUUCCCAGCAAGGAAGACAGCGCCAUCUACAGACUGGCCCACCCCGAGGGAAGCCUUCCGGACCUCGCCAUGAUGAAUCUGACUGCCGGCCUGGAGAAGCCGGACAUCCGGAAGCUGGCCGAGCCUGGGGACGACAAAUCAGAAGGAUGCCCUUAUAAGGCUGAGAAGGCUGAACUUGGGAAAGACAGCGAGGCGGAGGAGGAAGAAGAGGAGGAAGAGGAAGAGGAGGAUGAGGAGGAAGAGGAGGAGGAAGAGACUUCAGAUUUAAGGAACAAAUGGCAUCUGGUGAUUGACCGUCUCACUGUGCUCUUCUUAAAAUUCCUGGAAUAUUUCCACAAGCUGCAGGUGUUCGUGUGGUGGAUUUUGGAGUUGCAUAUCAUCAAAAUCGUUUCAUCAUAUAUUAUCUGGGUUUCUGUGAAAGAGGUGUCUCUGUUCAACUAUGUAUUUUUGAUUUCUUGGGCUUUUGCUCUGCCAUACGCCAAGCUGCGUCGUCUCGCUUCGAGUGUCUGCACUGUCUGGACGUGUGUGAUCAUCGUUUGCAAAAUGUUGUACCAGCUGCAAACCAUUAAGCCCGAGAACUUUUCUGUCAACUGUUCCUUGCCAAAUGAAAACCAGACGAAUAUACCCAUCCACCAGCUGAACAAGUCUCAGCUCUACAGUGCUCCUAUUGACCCAACAGAAUGGGUGGGCCUGAGGAAGUCUUCCCCUCUGCUUGUCUACCUGAGGAAUCAUCUCCUGAUGCUGGCCAUUCUGGCCUUUGAGGUUACAAUUUACCGCCAUCAGGAAUACUAUCGAGGUCGAAACAACCUCACAGCCCCUGUGUCUAAAACCAUCUUUCACGACAUUACAAGACUCCAUCUAGAUGAUGGACUUAUUAAUUGUGCCAAAUAUUUCAUAAAUUACUUCUUCUACAAGUUUGGUUUGGAGACCUGUUUCCUAAUGUCAGUUAACGUAAUCGGCCAGCGAAUGGAUUUCUAUGCCAUGAUUCACGCCUGCUGGCUGAUUGCUGUCUUGUACCGGCGCAGAAGAAAGGCCAUUGCGGAGAUCUGGCCCAAGUACUGUUGCUUCCUGGCCUGCAUCAUCACCUUCCAGUACUUCAUCUGCAUCGGCAUCCCUGCAGCCCCUUGCAGAGAUUACCCGUGGAGGUUCAAGGGGGCUAGCUUCAACGACAACAUCAUAAAGUGGCUGUACUUCCCAGACUUCAUCGUGCGGCCCAACCCUGUGUUUCUUGUCUAUGACUUCAUGCUGCUCCUGUGUGCCUCCUUACAAAGGCAGAUCUUCGAGGAUGAGAACAAGGCUGCGGUGCGCAUCAUGGCAGGGGACAACGUGGAGAUCUGCAUGAACCUGGACGCGGCCUCCUUCAGCCAGCAUAACCCGGUGCCGGAUUUCAUCCACUGCAGAUCCUACUUAGACAUGUCCAAGGUGAUCAUCUUCAGCUACCUCUUCUGGUUUGUCCUCACUAUCAUAUUCAUCACGGGGACAACAAGGAUCAGCAUCUUCUGCAUGGGUUACUUGGUGGCCUGUUUCUAUUUUCUGCUCUUUGGGGGCGAUCUGCUGCUGAAACCCAUCAAGAGUAUCCUGCGCUAUUGGGACUGGCUGAUUGCCUACAACGUGUUCGUGAUUACGAUGAAAAACAUACUGUCAAUAGGAGCAUGUGGAUACAUUGAAAAAUUGGUUCAAAAUAGUUGCUGGUUGAUCCAAGCUUUCAGCCUGGCCUGCACCGUCAAAGGCUAUAAAAUGCCUGAUGAUGAUUCCUCAUGCAAACUACCCAGUGGUGAAGCAGGAAUUAUUUGGGACAGCAUAUGUUUUGCCUUCCUUCUGCUGCAGAGAAGAGUUUUCAUGAGUUACUAUUUCCUACAUGUUGUAGCUGAUAUAAAAGCUUCACAGAUCCUGGCCUCAAGAGGGGCUGAACUUUUCCAAGCCACAAUUGUCAAGGCUGUAAAGGCAAGAAUUGAGGAAGAGAAAAAGUCAAUGGAUCAGCUGAAGAGGCAGAUGGAUCGCAUCAAAGCCAGGCAACAGAAAUACAAAAAGGGUAAGGAGAGGAUGCUGAGCUUGACCCAGGAAUCCGGGGAAGGCCAAGACAUCCAAAAACUCUCUGAAGAGGAUGACGAAAGAGAAGCAGACAAACAGAAAGCCAAGGGCAAAAAAAAGCAGUGGUGGCGGCCUUGGGUUGAUCAUGCUUCCAUGGUCAGGAGUGGAGAUUAUUACUUGUUUGAAACGGAUAGUGAAGAGGAGGAAGAGGAAGAAUUAAAAAAGGAAGAUGAAGAACCUCCGAGGAGGUCAGCUUUCCAGUUUGUUUAUCAAGCCUGGAUCACUGACCCUAAAACCGCACUCCGACAGAGACGCAAAGAGAAAAAAAGGUCUGCAAGAGAAGAACAGAAAAGAAGGAGAAAAGGAUCUGGGGAGGGUCCUGUGGAGUGGGAAGACCGAGAGCAGGAACCAAUCAAAAAGAAAUCUGAUGGACCAGAUAAUAUCAUCAAGAGGAUAUUUAACAUUUUGAAAUUCACCUGGGUUCUCUUUCUGGCAACAGUGGAUAGUUUCACAACUUGGCUUAACUCCAUUUCAAGGGAACAUAUUGAUAUAUCUACAGUUCUGAGAAUUGAAAGAUGUAUGCUGACCAGAGAAAUUAAAAAGGGCAACGUCCCCACGCGGGAGAGCAUCCACAUGUACUACCAGAACCACAUCAUGAACCUUUCCAGAGAGUCUGGACUGGACACCAUAGACGACCGUGCUGGCGCCGCAUCUGCUGCACAGACAGCCCACAGGAUGGAUAGCUUAGAUUCCCACGACAGCAUCUCCAGCGAGCCCACGCAGUGCACCAUGUUGUACUCGCGCCAGGGGACCACAGAGACCAUCGCAGAGGUGGAGGCCGAGCAGGAUGACGAGGCGGCGGCCGGAGACGCCGACCAGAGCGGGGAGGCCACAGCAGACAUGGGGCCGGAGGAGGCCUCUGAGGUGUCGGAGGCCUCAGAAGUCGGCCUCACCCCGGAUGCCGAGCUGCCGCAGUACUCCACCGAAGACGGGGAUGUGGAGGCCCCGCCGUCCUACAGCAAGGCGGUCAGCUUCGAGCGCCUGUCCUUCGGCUCGCGGGAUGACUCUGCAGGCCAGAGCCACAUGGCCGUGAGCCCUGACGACAGCCGCUCGGACAGGCUGGAGUCCAGCAUCUUACCACCCCUGACUCAUGAGCUGACGGCCAGCGAGCUGCUGCUGAACAAGAUGUUCCAUGAUGAUGAGCUUGAAGAGUCUGAGAAGUUCUAUGUUGGCCAGCCCCGCUUCUUGCUGUUGUUUUACGCCAUGUACAACACUCUAGUGGCACGCUCAGAAAUGGUGUGCUAUUUUGUGAUCAUACUCAACCACAUGGUCUCUGCCUCCAUGAUCACCCUUGUGCUCCCCAUUCUGAUCUUCCUCUGGGCCAUGCUGUCUGUUCCCAGACCCAGUAGACGAUUCUGGAUGAUGGCCAUUGUCUACACAGAGGUGGCAAUUGUGGUCAAGUAUUUUUUCCAAUUUGGGUUCUUUCCCUGGAACAAGAAUGUGGAAUUGAACAAAGAUAAACCUUACCACCCACCUAAUAUCAUAGGAGUGGAAAAGAAAGAAGGUUAUGUCCUUUAUGAUCUCAUCCAGCUCCUGGCUCUUUUCUUCCAUCGGUCAAUUUUGAAGUGCCAUGGCUUGUGGGAUGAAGAUGACAUCACCGACAGUGGCACGGACAAGGAAGAGUCAGAUGAUGAGCUCUCCCUUAGUCGUGGCAGGAGAGCCUCCUCCGAUUCUCUGAAAUCCAUCAACCUGGCUGCGUCGGCAGAGUCGGUACACGUAUCCUUCCCAGAGCAGCCUUCUGCCAUCCGGAGGAAGCGAUCGGGAAGCAGCUCCCAGAUAUCCCCCAGAUCCAGCUUUUCUUCCAAUAGGUCCCAAAGAGGCAGCACAAGCACAAGGAACAGCAGUCAAAAAGGAAGCAGUGUUUUAAGCAUCAAGCAGAAGAGCAAAAGGGAACUUUAUAUGGAAAAGCUUCAAGAACAUUUAAUCAAAGCAAAAGCAUUUACCAUAAAGAAGACUCUGCAAAUAUAUGUGCCCAUCAGACAGUUCUUCUAUGACCUCAUCCACCCAGACUACAGUGCUGUGACCGACGUGUAUGUGCUCAUGUUCCUGGCUGAUACUGUUGACUUUGUCAUCAUCGUCUUUGGCUUCUGGGCCUUCGGGAAACACUCAGCAGCAGCAGACAUCACCUCUUCACUGUCGGAGGACCAGGUUCCUGGGCCGUUUUUGGUGAUGGUCCUCAUUCAGUUUGGAACCAUGGUGGUGGACCGAGCCCUAUACCUGAGGAAGACUGUACUGGGAAAGGUCAUUUUUCAGGUCAUUCUUGUGUUUGGAAUUCAUUUCUGGAUGUUCUUCAUCCUGCCUGGUGUGACUGAGAGGAAGUUCAGCCAGAACCUGGUUGCUCAGCUUUGGUACUUUGUGAAAUGUGUUUACUUCGGGCUGUCUGCCUACCAAAUCCGUUGUGGUUACCCAACACGAGUCCUUGGAAACUUCCUCACCAAGAGCUACAAUUAUGUCAACCUCUUCUUGUUUCAAGGGUUCCGCCUCGUUCCGUUUCUGACGGAGCUGAGGGCUGUGAUGGACUGGGUGUGGACAGACACGACCUUGAGCCUUUCCAGCUGGAUCUGUGUGGAGGAUAUCUAUGCUCACAUAUUCAUCCUGAAAUGUUGGCGGGAGUCUGAAAAAAGAUACCCGCAGCCCCGGGGGCAGAAGAAGAAGAAAGUGGUGAAGUAUGGCAUGGGAGGCAUGAUCAUCGUUCUGCUCAUCUGCAUCGUCUGGUUUCCCCUUCUCUUCAUGUCCUUGAUCAAAUCUGUGGCAGGGGUCAUCAACCAGCCCCUGGACGUCUCGGUCACGAUUACCCUGGGAGGGUACCAGCCCAUUUUCACAAUGAGUGCCCAGCAAAGCCAGUUGAAAGUUAUGGAUCAGCUAAAGUUUAAUAAGUUUAUGAAAGCUUUCUCUAGGGACACUGGUGCUAUGCAAUUUCUGGAAAAUUAUGAAAAAGAAGACAUAACAGUGGCAGAACUGGAAGGAAACUCAAAUUCUUUGUGGACCAUCAGCCCUCCCAGUAAGCAGAAAAUGAUAGAGGAACUCAUGGACCCCAAUAGUAGCUUCUCUGUUGUUUUUUCAUGGAGUAUUCAGAGAAACAUGAGUCUGGGUGCAAAAGCAGAAAUAGCAACCGAUAAGCUAUCUUUUCCUCUUAAAAAUAAUACACGAAAGAAUAUAGCUAAAAUGAUCGCUGGCAACAACACAGAAAGUUCAAGAACGCCCGUGACUAUAGAAAGGAUCUACCCAUAUUACGUGAAAGCACCUAGUGACUCGAACUCUAAACCUAUAAAGCAACUUUUGUCUGAAAAUAAUUUCAUGAAUAUCACCAUCAUUUUGUCCAGAGACAAUACAACUAAAUCUAACAGUGAGUGGUGGGUUCUCAAUCUGACUGGAAAUAGAAUAUAUAAUCAGCACGCCCAGGCCUUGGAACUGGUGGUCUUCAAUGACAAAGUCAGCCCCCCAAGUCUAGGGUUCCUGGCUGGCUACGGUAUCAUGGGGUUAUAUGCUUCGGUUGUCCUUGUGAUUGGGAAGUUUGUCCGUGAGUUCUUCAGUGGCAUUUCUCACUCGAUCAUGUUUGAAGAGCUUCCAAAUGUGGAUCGAAUCCUGAAGUUGUGCACAGAUAUUUUUUUAGUUCGAGAGACAGGGGAACUGGAACUAGAGGAAGAUCUCUAUGCCAAAUUAAUAUUCCUGUACCGCUCACCAGAAACCAUGAUCAAAUGGACUAGAGAAAAAACAAAUUGAUCAUUUAAGACACAGACUGCAAGUCAAGUUAACAUUUGAAUUUUUUUAAAAAAGCACAAUAUUCUCAUAAGAGCUAAGCAUUUCUAGUUGGAUGGAAAUGGCUUCUCUUCUGACAGGUGGUCAGAAGGAGCUGACUUCUUUUUGCAGUCUAAGCUACCUUGCAAAUGAAGGCGCUGUUGAAAAAGUUAUUUGUAAUUCCAUUUCUCCAAAAUCAGGGCUACUUGUUUUAUGUUUUAGUCAACAGUGUCUUGUGUUCUGAUUGACUAUGCAAAGGAGUCAUUUGUGGAUCUCCUCUCUCAGAGAAACAGGAGAGAAGAUGAAGGGAGAAGGAAAGACACCUGUGUUUUUCGGCACAGGGACUGCACCCUUCCAGCAGAGAUGCUAUCAUGGCGGACACUGCGCUCUGUCACCAGUGGGGAAGCUGUGGUGAGGAGAACAGAUGGGACUCAGCACACCCCAAAAAUAUGCAACAGCAAUAGGAGGCUGAAACUCCCGAACGGAUUUCUAGGGGGAAAAGAGAAAGGGAGCUAAAGACCCAUGAAGAUACCAGAGGAAGGAUAAGCCUCAUUCUAAGCAAAAAGUUAACAUUAGUGACACUCUUACUGCCUUAUCUUAACUGAAGACUAAUAAAAAAAAAAAUCUUUCCAUUAAACACCAGUGACUUCUCAGGAAAAAAAAAAAAAAAAAAAAAGCAGCAAAACAAAUAUGUGGACCGGCUUUGUUGAGGCCCAGCUCAUGACCCGCUUCCGUGAGGGUGGCUGUUCUGCUUCAGAGUUUCCGCUCCUCGUCAGACACAGGCUCCAGGUAGAAAGAUAAAAAUGGCGCCCAGCUGGGUGUGGAAGGAAUACUCUGACUUUGUAACUUUUACUAACCGAGGUCAUGAAUGCUCUUCUACCUUUCCCCUCUCCCCCUCAACACGCUUUUUCCCAUUUCGAUGAUUUAAGGCAAUGGUGUUUUCCAGUAUGUGACAUUUUCCUCCCUGUUUUUCAGGUAUAUCAAAGAGUUUACAUAUUCCAAUUCACAUUUUUACAUCUGAGACGGGUUUUUUAAGUUCAUAAUUAUGGAAGAAAUAUGUAUAUUGAGCUUGGGGAAAUAAAAAAAAAUGGCCUUUUCUUAAAUUAUUAUUAUUGGUAAUACAACCUCUUCAUUAAAUAACAAUGUAGCAUGAAAAAUUAUGAUUGAAAUGUAGUUUUCAUUCCGUAUUAAAAUACAGUUUGUGAGGAAUCAUCGAAUGGAAUAGAAUACGUCAAAAAAAAAUGAUCCUAUGUAGUUUGGGUUCAGGACUGAUUUAAAAUAAAGCACAUCUUGCAAAGUCA